GCUACAUAUUCUGAGCUAUUCGAGCAGUGAAUUAAGUGAAGUCCACAGAAAAGUAAAGCGAGGAUCGAGCAACUGAUGGAUAACAUAAAUGAAAUUGCAUCGGAGGCUGCUCUGGCCAAUGCCGGCACUGAGCGCGUCUCCCAUUUCGCCUUUGGGCUGGACAACAGCCACGAGGGUGUACGUGAGCUGCCCCAUGGCCCCAUCUCCGUGGCCGUGGCCACGCGCACCUUCACCGACGAGGAGUUCGGCUACGCCAGCUUCCAGAGGAUUUUCGGUGAGGCCGAUGACGACCUGCUGUCAUCUCCACUGCAGAAUCUGAUGAUGCAGGAGGACGAAGAGCGCGCGCGCACGCUCAACACGCCCGAGCCGGCCCCAACAGCCCCCAAUACGCCCAUCAAUUUCGAUGUGGACAUGGACCACCAGCCGAUCCUGCCAGAGUUGCACAUGGAGCCGCAGCCAGUUGGCCUCGAUGGUGUGGAUGAUCAUUUCCAGGGAAUGAAUGACGGACACGAUUCUAUUCUCUUUACCAUAGCACAAAUCUCUCGCUUUAUGUAGGCCCCACACGGAGGGCACAAGUCGGAGGAGCAAGAAGGGGGAGUCCACAAAAUUUAGGCCAACUUUUAGAUGCGAAAAAUGUGAAGGAAAACCCUUUAAGGAGAGUUUGGGCAUUGCAAAAAUUGAAAGACAAAGUCACAAGCAAAUGAUUCAAUAAUAAUUUUAUAUUUAUUUAACUACAUAUUAUAUAC